AGCGGUUCGGGCUGCGAUGACAGCACGAGCUCUAGAAAAACUCUACCUGUGCCCGUUUGUGAUUCCCAUCAUUCUACUUAUAGACAUCUCUUCUAUUCGCUCGGCUGUCUGUCACACACUUAACUGUCAGUUUGAGGCAGGCGGUCGUCACGUAGCUAGUAAUGAGCCAACUUGGGUUACCGCUGGAGAUCAGUACCUCACAGCAGAAUGGAUCCUUGGAGGGGGCGGUGGCGAUCCUGGACGCGGGGGCCCAGUAUGGGAAGGUGAUAGACAGACGUGUGCGAGAGCUAUGUGUUCGCUCGGAGAUCCUCCCCUUAGAGACUCCUGCCUUUGUUAUCAGAGAACAGGGUUACAGAGCAAUAAUUAUUUCAGGAGGUCCGGCGUCUGUGUAUGCAGAAGAUGCUCCUUGGUUUGAUCCUGUAAUUUUCACCAUGGGGAAGCCUGUCCUUGGGAUUUGCUAUGGGAUGCAGAUGAUGAAUAAAGUUUUUGGCGGCACAGUGCACAAAAAAAGUGUAAGAGAGGACGGAGUCUUCAGCAUUGGACUGGACAACACAUGCUCCCUGUUCAGAGGCCUUCAGAAAGAGGAACUGGUGCUGCUGACCCAUGGAGACAGUGUGGAUAAGGUGGCUGAUGGUUUUAAGGUGGUAGCACGGUCAGGAAACAUCAUUGCUGGGAUCGCUAACGAACAGAAGAAACUUUAUGGGACACAGUUUCACCCCGAGGUCGACUUAACGGAGCGAGGCAUGGAAAUGUUGCGCAACUUCCUGUUUGAAAUAGCGGGAUGUACAAAUAAUUUCACAGUGCUGAACCGUGAAGAGUCCUGCAUCAGUGAGAUCAGAGAAAAAGUGGACAAGUCUAAAGUUCUGGUACUGCUAAGUGGAGGAGUGGAUUCCACCGUUUGCACGGCCCUCCUCAACAAAGCUCUGCCCCGGGAGCAGGUCAUAGCCGUUCACAUCGACAACGGCUUCAUGAGGAAGAAGGAAAGUCAAAGUGUGGAAGAAGCUCUUACCAAGCUGGGUAUUGACGUCAAAGUGAUUAAUGCAGCGCACACGUUCUACAACGGAACAACAACCCUCCCAAUCUCAGAAGAGGACAGAACACCUCGAAAACGCAUCAGCAAGACCUUAAACAUGACCACCAAUCCAGAGGAGAAAAGAAAAAUUAUCGGAGACACCUUCGUCAAAGUGGCGAACGAAGUUAUCGGAGAGAUGAACCUAAUCCCCGAGGACGUCUUCUUGGCUCAGGGUACGUUGAGGCCUGAUCUCAUUGAGAGCGCCUCUCAUCUUGCAAGUGGCAAAGCGGAGGUCAUCAAAACGCAUCACAACGACACCGAGCUCAUCCGCAAACUCAGAGAUGAGGGAAGAGUAAUCGAACCGCUGAAAGACUUUCAUAAAGAUGAGGUCAGAGCACUCGGGAGGGAGUUGGGCCUUCCAGAGGAGAUCGUCUCACGACAUCCGUUUCCUGGUCCCGGUUUGUCCAUCCGAGUGAUUUGUGCAGAGGAGCCUUACAUCUGUAAGGAUUUUGCAGAAACGAACAAUAUCCUAAAAAUCGUCGCAGACUUUUCUGCAAGUGUCAAAAAGCCACAUGCCUUGCUCCAGAGAGUUAAAUCCUGCAUAUCAGAUGAGGAGGAGGAGAAGCUCAUGCAGAUCACCAGCCUUCAUUCACUCAAUGCCUUCCUGCUACCCAUCAAAACUGUCGGCGUCCAGGGAGAUUGUAGGUCCUACAGUUAUGUGUGUGGGGUCACAAGUAAAGAAUCUCCACACUGGGAAUCCCUCAUGUUCCUGUCUAGACUCAUCCCUCGUAUGUGCCAUACCAUCAACAGAGUCGUGUAUAUUUUUGGCCCACAUGUUAAGGAGCCGCCUCAAGACAUUACUCCAACUUUCCUGACCACAGGUGUUCUGAGCACGCUCAGACAGGCGGACUUUGUGGCUCAUGCUAUUCUUAGAGAGUCUGGGUUCUCAGGCAAGAUCAGCCAGAUGCCAGUGAUCCUCACACCCCUCCACUUUGACCGUGACCCCCUGCAGAAGCAGCCAUCCUGCAGGCGCUCUGUGGUGAUCCGCACCUUCAUCACCAGCGACUUCAUGACGGGCAUCGCCGCCAUGCCUGGCAACCACAUCCCAGAGGAGGUGGUGCUGAAAAUGGUAAAUGAGAUCAGCAAGAUCCCCGGCAUCUCCAGAGUCAUGUAUGAUCUGACCUCCAAACCGCCCGGGACCACGGAGUGGGAAUAGAACCCGCCCUGACGUUGACGGACACACGCAGACACACACAAUGAGCAAACACACUCACCAGAUUCAGAGUGCUGGUAAACUGCUCUCCUUCUCUGUCCCAGAUUAAAACAAAAGAAACCAACCUCCCUUUUUUGUCUUCAACAUUCCCGGUGGGGGGGCGGGUCUUACUGUGACAGGUGCACAUGCAGAGGCGCUGCUGCUCUGCCCUCCCCACCACUCCUCCUCGGUCUUAUUUUUUCCGGCUCUAGAGAUUGAAUAAAUGUUGCUUUUUACUAAUAUAUUGUUACUUUUGAUUAUUCUGCAACAGUUCUCUGCCCUGCUAACACAAACGUCUCCGCUUUGCCGGGUCAGACUUUGUGACUUGAGGAGGUACCUCAGCAGACGUGGUAGGACGAGUGAAGCAAGGAAUCACGUGUUGUGAAGCUCCGUAUGGGUGAGAGGAGGUGCUGAAUCCAAUUAGCUGUCACUUUUUAGGCUCUUUAUUUCCGCCUGUUUACCGCGUGUGAUGACAAAGGCUGUCGGAACCGACGACCCGUGUGACCAACUUUUAAGUUUUUCUCUUUUGCCAAAAGUGUAAUGAACUAUAUUGAUGAUAGUGGACUCUUGAGGAUCUUCUAGACGAGAGCCGUGGAUGCUGCGCCGCUCAGACGGCAGAGUAGCUUGUGCUGCAGUGAUGGACGCCGACUGGAGCUGUAACCGUGUAUGUGCCUGUUCCGUGGUUUUCUUUGGUGUGAGCUGUUUGGGACUCCUGUCCACAGACGGGGAUGCAGGAGUGUUCUCCAAAUGUUGCAGUACGUGUGUGUUUAUGUGAAGACUAAAAAAGGCAAAAAAAGGUCUAAACUAUAAGAGCGGUAGAGUUUAUCGUGUCACCAUUUGGCUGCUUUUGUGUUGCGUGGAGGCACCGUUUUGCACAUUUAGUCACUUGUAACGCCUAGGUGCUACAUCAGCACAACAAAUCAUCCAUUCACAGGAACCGUAAGUGUACAAAUCUGUCGUGUGAGAACUUCAUUGGAGCAGCCUUCCCGUUCAUGAUCGUCUAGAGCUGCUGAGUUCAGCUCAACCAACCUCCCUGCAGCGUCCUCAUUUAGAUCUUAGUGAAUAUAGUGCUCAGGUUCAACUGGGUUUUUAAAAGUGUACUAUACCCUCAUUAUAAACAUUUAACUGCAAUGUUGUGGUUCUCCUGCCUCCAGAAUUUGCUUUUGUGCCUCCGUUGAACCCUUAACUUUCAGCCAGAUGUUCUGACUCGUCCAUAUUGCUUUCUUUUGUGUUCCCUCUUCUGUUCUGCCUUUUAUAAAUGUGCAUUUUAUGUCACAUUUGUCUCCAUAGAAGAGCCAAACGUGGACAUUACAAUAAGAUUAAGUUAUGCAAUUUCAUUCUUUUAUUGUUGGUUAGUGAUCUUCAUUCUUCUUGGUAACGUGCCUCAAACCAAGCCACUGCAUGCAGUCUCAACAACAUUUGUACAAUGGAAAACUGAGCUUUAAUAAAGAUCUCAAUGUUCAAACUUUGA